GAUCAUAGUUCAAACAGUCCUGCGCCGCGCUGUUACGCGCGUGGUCGCCUAAUAACAUUAUAUAUAUUUCGAUGCGUGAAUUCUGUUUACGUAUAAAAAAAUUGACGUCUCGACCAUAAUGUAUACAGCCUUGUGAUUCGACAUGAAAUAAAUAAUAGUUUGAUUUCGUUUAUAAAAAACCCAUAGGGUUGUCGUUGAAAAUGUAACAUUUUAUUGGAAUAUAUUGUGUUAUUUUUGAAGAAUAAACGCGACAAUAUAAAUUUCACUAGUUCCUGAAGACAAGGAUGAUUAAAAACUGUGAAUGUAUAAGAGAAUAAAGUUAUAUAUUAAAUUUGUUUCGAAUAAACAGCAAAAUUCAAUUGCGAUAACUAAUUUAUUUGAAGACUGAAAAAAAAACACAGUAAUGGCAUCGGUUCCACCAGAAACUCCAGCUCAGUCUGCCACUCCAGAUGGUACCCCAACGCCGUCACCGGACCCUGAAGCCGUAACCAAAUUCAACUUUUUAAAACAAGUCAGAUCCGCUAGAAAUAAUCCGUUCGUGAAAGCACGACCUUCGCUGACGAGGGAGAGCUCCACUGCGGAAUUGUUUUCGAGGGAAAAUUCUAGUACGGAUUUCUUCCAAAACUCCAGAUUAAAUUUAUUCGAAACAGCGCCCAAACCAGAAGCGACAAAUCAAAGCUACGCCAAGGGCGUGUCGUUCAUAGGAUGGCACCAGCGUACGAAGUUGGAGCGGGUGCUUUUGAUCCUGAUAGCUGCCCUUCUUCUAGCCGUGCUUCUCACCACAUCCCUCCUUCUUGCUAUGAGAGGCCCUUCUUACCUACCAGUACCGCCCUGUUAUCAACCAGAACCAAAAGAAGCAUCCAGCGUGUGCCUGUCCAGUUCGUGUAUUUACACAGCAAGUGAAGUGAUCAGGGCAUUGGACGAGACCCAAGAUCCUUGUAAUGACUUCUACGAGUUCGCGUGCGGCGGAUGGAUCCGGAACAACCCGAUCCCCGAGGGUAAAUCCACGUGGGGGAUCUUCAGUAACAUCGAGUUGCAGAAUCAACUAACAAUACGUUACGCACUUGAAAAAGUAAACACCACAGACAAUACUGAUGCUGAAGCGAAGGCCCGGAUAUACUACGACGCGUGCAUAGACACGAAUGAAACCAUAGAGAAGUUGGGGGAGAAGCCUCUAGUGAAUAUCAUUAAGAAGUUAGGCGGCUGGCACAUUCUUCCCAGCACCAUGAUCAAACAGCCUAAGUUUGACUUACAGAAGUUACUCCAGGAUGUACAGAAUUCAUACAAUUUAGGUGGACUAUUUAAUUGGGCUGUGACAGAAGAUGAUAGAAAUUCAUCCAAGCAUGUCAUAGUUUUGGACCAAGGCGGACUGAAUCUUCCAACUCGAGACAACUACCUCAACAAAACAGCGCAUAAGAAAGUUCUAGAUGCAUACCUAGACUAUAUGACUCGUGUUUGCGUAUUAUUAGGCGCUAACAAAACAGAAGCUAGGUCACAAAUGAGUAAAGUUAUACAAUUCGAAACGGAACUAGCGAAUAUAACUACGCCCUCUGAAGAAAGAAGGGACGAGGAAGGACUAUAUAACCCUUAUACAAUAAGGCAAUGGCAGAAGGAAGCGCCAUUUUUGAAUUGGACUAUGUUCUUUAACGAUGCUUUCAAAUUGGUUAAUAGAACUAUACCUGAUACGGAGAGAAUAGUUGUAUAUGCACCCGAGUACUUCAGAAACCUCACUAAAGUUAUAAGAAGAUAUAGCAAGACAGAAGACGACCAGAAAACACUUACCAGCUACAUGAUGUGGCAAGUAUCGCGGUCAUUGUCCACAUAUUUGUCAAAGUCAUUCCGGGACGCGACCAAGAUAUUAAGAAAAGCUCUCUUCGGUUCCGAGGGUACCGAAGAAUCUUGGAGAUAUUGUGUUACCGAUACCAACAAUGCUAUUGGUUUUGCAGUCGGCGCCAUGUUUGUUCGCGAAGUAUUCCAUGGUGAAGCAAAGACACAAGGCGAGAUAAUGAUUGACAAUAUACGAAACGCAUUUAAGAGAAAUCUAAAGAACUUAGACUGGAUGGACUCGGAAACUAGAGAAGCAGCAGAAACAAAAGCCGAUGCUAUCACCGAUAUGAUAGGUUUCCCUGAUUACAUCCUGCAUAAAGACGAGUUGAACAAGCAAUACGAGGAAUUGCAGGUGAAGCCGAAUGAAUAUUUUGACAAUAAUAUCGCAUUCAACGUGUUCAGUCUCAAGAAUGACCUUAAGAAGUUGGAUCAGCCUGUCAACAAAACGAAAUGGGGCAUGACACCUUCCACCGUGAAUGCGUACUACACUCCAACCAAGAACCAAAUAGUAUUUCCCGCCGGCAUUCUACAACUGCCAUUCUAUGAUGGGGAUAAUCCCAAAUGCGUCAAUUACGGAGCCAUGGGAGUGGUGAUGGGACAUGAGCUGACGCAUGCGUUCGAUGACCAGGGGAGGGAGUAUGACAGGUUUGGUAACUUGAACAAGUGGUGGAACAACGCAACUAUAGCUCGGUUUAAGAAACGAGCCGAGUGUAUACAGAAGCAGUACUCCGACUACUCAGUGGACGGACAACAUUUGAACGGGAAGCAGACGCUGGGCGAGAACAUUGCAGACAAUGGUGGCUUGAAGGCCUCGUUCCAUGCAUACCUCGACUACAGCUCUAGCAAAGACACGGCCGUGAACCUCACGCUGCCCGGCCUCAAGUACAACCACCGACAGUUGUUCUUCAUAUCCUUUGCUCAGGUGUGGUGUUCAGCAAUGACUAAGGAAUCGACCAAGAUGCAAAUAGAAAAAGAUGACCACACCGUCGCAAAGUAUAGAGUCAUCGGCCCCAUAUCAAACUUAAAGGAAUUUUCUGACGAAUUCCAUUGUCCCAUAGGAUCAAAAAUGAACCCCAAGCAUAAAUGCGAAGUAUGGUAAACAAUUUCACCUACAAUUUGUAGGCACAGAGAUAAUUGCUAAAGAGCUUUGGCCCAGCUAUAUAUUAAUUUUAGCAAUGGAAUCUGAAGGUCAUAGACUAAAGUAAUAGAUAAAACGAGACAGAUCAUUUAUCUCAUGAUACUGCUUUAGCUGGUCUGUGUUACAUAUUACUUUAUUCUAUAUUUGUAAUGGCGAACAUUGAUUGAGAUCUUUUGAUAUAUAUAUUGUAUGUAUAAUGAGCUUAGCAAUGGUUGAUAUUUAAGAAUUAUGGGUAUUUAAUCAGGUCAUAGAGGCGAAUUAAAAAGUAAAUAAAAUUUAAUAUUGUUGUAAUUGAAUAAAGACCUAUAUACACGGUGAGAUUAUUGUAACGAUUCGUCGUUCGAUUUUUAAAAUUGAAUGGUAGUAUUACAAUAAUCGUUUCGAUUAUGGAACCAAUAAAUUGUGCUGUGUAUGACCACGUAAUACGGCUGUUAUAUACACACUGGCUGCGCGAAAAGAAAAAUUGAAUGAAUGUAGAAUAAUAAUUUUAAUUAUAAAUUCUAUACUUUAAAUUUUUUUGUGUUCUUUUUCAUGCCAGCCGUUUUAAUACAAUGUUAAACAUAAUAAUUUAUAUUUGCAAUGGUACUUAUUCAAAAUGUUGAUACCUAGCCUUAAAUUUUGAUGUCUGUAACUGUAAUGCUUUUUACGUUAAAUGUAACCUUCAAAUAGCUUCACAGAGUAAAUGUUUUGUUCACUAUUAUACGUAAAGCCUGGUUCACACUGUGUUCAUAUUUUAGUCUAAUAUUCAAAGCAUAGAUCAAAUUAGUGGUUAAUAUAAAGUCGACUAAAAUGUAUGCACAGUCUAAACUAUGUCUUACUGUGUAAUAUAAUUUAAGUAUAAAAUUAAUUAUUAAGUAAAUGUGUGCAAUGUUUAGUCGUACUUAAUUUAAGCGAAAACUGGUAAAUGCAAGUGCCAUUUUUUAAGAAAUAUAGUGUAACCACAGACCAUAAAAAAUACCAACGUACAACUUGAGCCAUGUUGGGAGCACAGGUACUAUGGGAUUUGGACAUAGUCUUCCAUUAUGAUUAUGGGAUUUGAGUUCUAUUUGUAUCUGAGUAUUCAUACAAAUAUAGAAAUAGAAUAGAUGAGGCAUUACUACUAUCACUUGAAUUUUUAGAACAUAUUAUAUGGAUUUAUGUAAAUGAGAUAUCGAUUCGUGUUAAUUAUUGAGUUUGUAUUAUAUAUAUAUAUAUAUAUAUAUAUAUAUAUAUAUAUGUAUGUAUAUAUAUAUAUAUAUAUACAUACAUACAUACAUAUAUAUAAAUAUAGUGUUAGUAAACUCUAAAUCACUUAAAUUUAACAGUUGAGUUUUUCUGAAUUUUUUUUCAUUUUCUCAUUCGAAAACAAACGUAAUGACAAAUCCAAGGUAAUGACUGAUCCCAACAUGGCGUAGCCAAAUAAUAAGUUAAAGUAGUUAACUGAAAAUUAACCUUAAAGUUCCAAGUAAUAUAGUAUAUUUUGUAACUGACAAAUUACUUUUAUUACAUGCUCCACUUUAUGUUCUAUUAUUUAGUAAAUAUUAGUCAAUGUCUUGUCAACAAUUUGUAUAUUUUAUGUUUUGUAGGAGAAUUCGCAUGUACAGUCAGAAAAAAUAAUGUCUGGUAACUAUUCAUUGCUGUAAUGUAUCUCCUUUUUUAUCACAUUUUAUUGACAUGAAAAUAUAUAAAAUACUUAUAUAU